UCUCAAUACAAACCUGCAUUUGGUGUUCCUGCGCUCUUCCGAGACGGACCGUCUCUGGCAGUGGUUUUUCUUUAAAAUAUAAGUUUUUUUUUUGCGUGAAAUGGCAACAUUGUGGACUUGUGUGUUUGUUUUAUUCAAUUGUUAUGUAUUUAGUGUUAGUGAUGAAGUUGAAACGACUAUAUCACCAGACACACCGAGGAUACCAUUUACAUGUGUGAUAGGGGCUGGCUAUUCUGGCCUAGCUGUAGCGAGGUAUAUGAAGGAGUUAGGCGUGAACUUCCGAGUGUUCGAAGCUUCUGGAAAUUUCGGUGGCCAGUGGAGGUUCGAUCCCAAAGUCGGCAAUGAUGAGUACGGCGUUCCAAUUUUCACCAGCACGUACAAAAAUCUUAGAACCAACACACCACGUCAAACUAUGGAGUACAGUGGAUUCCCGUUCCCUGAUUCAACGCCUACAUACCCAACUAACACCUGCUUCUAUAAAUAUUUGAAGUCUUUCGUGAAACAAUUCCAAUUGCUUGACAAUAUUCAAAUGCACAGCUAUGUUAGAUCCGUGAAAUGGGCAAAAAAUCAUUGGGACUUCACAUAUACAAAAUCGGAUGAAGGCAAAAAUUAUACAAUUCCUUGCGAUUUUGUAGUUAUCGCUAAUGGACAGUACGUUGCAACCAAAAUGCCAAAGGUCCCGGGACAGAAUGUAUUCAAAGGAAAAAUUAUGCACAGUCACGAUUACAAAGGUCCAGAUGCGUUCGUAGGAAAGAAAGUACUUUUAGUCGGCGCUGGAGCAUCCGGCUUAGACCUUGCGACGCAUUUGUCGAACGUCACAGAAAAAUUGGUACAUAGCCACCAUUUAAAUUACAACCAACCGGAUUUCCCCAAAACUUACAUAAAAAAACCUGAUAUGAAAACAUUCUUACCAAAUGGGGUCGUGUUUCAAGAUGGCACAAUGGAAGAAGUUGACGUCGUUAUAUGUUGUACAGGAUAUGAAUAUAGUCACCCGUUCCUUGACAAGAGUGCUGGCUUAACGGCUUCUGGUAAAUUUGUCUUACCACUCCACCAACAUAUUGUUAAUAUCAGACAUCCAUCUAUGACCUUCAUCGGAAUGGCAAGAGUGAUCAUCAAUAGAGUUUUAGAUGCGCAGGCAGAGUAUAUAGCUCGUUUGAUUGCUGGCAUGUUUAAGCUGCCAUCACAGGAGGAGAUGUUGAAGAUCUGGUUACAACACGUCUAUACCCUUCAAGAUAUGAAUAAGAAAAUUGUCGAUGUCAACAUAGUUGGCGAUCAAAUGGAUCAAUAUUUCGCUAACUUAACCCAAGAAGCUGGCGUCUCAAGAGCGCCGCCCGUCCUAACAGAAAUAAGGGAUUUCAACGCAAAAUAUCGUCUUGUAGAUUUACUUAACUACCGCGACUAUGAAUACGAGUUGACCGAUCCAUUCCAUUAUAGGAAAUGGUAUAACGGUGGUGGAACCAAGGGAUCACAAUGUCCUAUUGAUAUUGAAAGAAAAUAAAACAAGUAUUCCGUAUCCGAUAAAAUAACUUGAAAAUUAAUGUCAAUAGUCAUUGUUAAUUGUUUAAUAUGAGUCACGUAUCUUAGCCAUCUUGAAAGAGAUCCAGAACAUUCUAUACCGAACCGAUUGAUAAAAAGGUCGGUUACGGGUCUCAUUUUAAAUUAAAGAACGAGUAUUUAAAAUUGAAUCACAUUCAAGUUCAUCACAUCACAUCAUUCACAUCCAAAGAAAAUAUUUGUAUAAACAAAUAUUUUCUUUCGUGUGAAGGUGAUUGCGCUAUUAACAAGGUAGUGAUGUGUACAAUUCCAUUGUUAUUGUAUGAAUAAAUUAUAAUGAAGAUGUAAUUAAAUGUAGACUGUACUUAAUAGGAUUAUUAGUGACCGCAUUCUAAAUCUUCUGAAUUAAUUAGGUAGUUAGUAAUUUGCACGCUAGAAUAAUGCACUUUGUAUUUACUAGGUACUAUUAUUACAAUCAAGAUUGAUUUAUUUGCUUUAGUUCCAGCCAUUGUUCUCUUUUGUGUGAAUAAAGUUAAUACUUAAUCACUGUGAUGCUUAGGGGAUAGGUUGUGUUGUAUUUAAGAGCAAUAUAUUUUAUUAUAAUAGGUAUGUAAGAAUUUGCCAAAUUUAAAUAUCGAACGGAGGAACCAUGAAGGUGGAGAAUAUAC